AUACUAAUUAAAAGUACUUAAAUAAUUAUAAAUAAUUAACUAAAAUAAUUUCUAUUCGAUAAUUUAAAAAGUGUUUAAAUUAUUUCAAAUCUGCGCAAAUGCAAAGAUAAUAAAUUUAAUUGGUUUCUGACAAUUUUAACUUGAGCGUUGUGUGCGAAUCAGAAAUUAGGCAAACAACAAAAUAUUAAACAACCUUGCUUGGGCGCAUACAAAAACACUCAACCUGUCUCCCCUCGAUCUUAAAACGCAAAAUUUAGAUUUUCUUUGUGGCGGCCCACGAGAGAAAUGUAUACUUUGACAUAUACUUCCUUUUAUUGUUAUUUUUUGAAUGAUCGGUUAUACAAUAUAUUAAUGUGGUGAUUAAGUAAACACAUUUAUUUUUAUUUACUAGAAAAUUUUUAUUAUUCGACGAUCGAGUAUAUGGUUACUCCGAAUUCAGUGACUCGAAUCAUAACCUCAAUUUUAGAUUUUUAAUAUUGUUUUCUCGCUCGUCGCAUAUGCAAGAUUUUACGAAAAUCUUAUAUGGUUAUUCAAAAACCGAUUAUUAUUUUCAAAGGUUAAUUGCUGGUAUGAAGAGUAAGACAUUUUUCGAAUCACAUGGCGGACACGUAUCUUCCUCCAAAGCACUUUACAUCCGGUGCCGAUUGCGAUGUUGAAGCUGAAGAAGAGCUAAAUUAUAAAUUAAUUAAAUUACUUUCUACGCUAAAAACUCCCUCACAAUCAAUUCCAAUUGACUAUCAGAAAACACGUUCAUUGUCUGGUACUAAUUCUGAUAACGAUACCGAAUCACUGCUGGAUUCUGCGAGUUUACCUGGUUCAUUGGACCAAAGACGACAUCAAUACGAUUAUUCCUACAUUCAUCAUGGCAGUCCAAUUACAUCAAAACAUUUGCCCAACUUUUUACCACCGAUCGGUGUAUUUUGGGACAUUGAAAAUUGUCAAGUCCCUAAAGGUCGAUCCGCCAUAGCAGUAACUCAAAAAAUAAGAGAUAAAUUUUUUAGUGGUUAUAAAGAGGCAGAAUUUAUUGUAGUCUGUGAUGUACAAAAAGAGAAUAAACAAAUUAUACAAGAAUUAAAUGACGCUCAGGUAAACUUAAUACACGUGGCAGCGACGUGUAAAAAUGCUGCCGAUGAAAAAUUAAGACAAUCGAUCAGGAGGUUCGCAGAUAUUCAUGGUAGUCCAGCAGCGAUAAUUUUAAUAUCGGGCGAUAUUAAUUUUGCAGCUGACCUGAGUGAUUUGCGGCAUAGGAAAAAAAUUCACGUUAUUCUUCUUCAUAAGGAAAAUACAUCAGAGGCACUAAUUUUAUGUGCAAAUGAACACUAUGACUUUACUGAACUUAUGGAACCACUGCCUUCCAGAACUCCAAUUAAGGUUAGUGAAUCGUUUGACCUUCUCAUUAGCAAUCUUCCAGAGGAUAAAGACGUUACGGGAAUUAAACGUCGACUUAAGAGACUAUCAAACAAUUGUGGAGGACGAGUUGUUGAGGUCCAAUCAAAUGCUGCGAUUGUGCGCUUUUUUUCCAAAGAGUACGCUGACAGGGCUCAAAAACGUAUGCAUGGAGAAUACGUUUUUGAUUCGAAAAUUUCUGUCAAAUUUUUGAAGGAAAAAGAAUCGUCAAACGAGAAUAGUAGUCGAGGGAACGCUUGUGUUAGGGAACAUACUUUGAGUGAAUCCGAAGCUGUAAAUACACCAUUAGGAGUAAUGUACGGAGCAAAUUCAACGAUAGCGGGUGCUAGAAGUCUUCCCGUCACUCCUCAUUAUCAUUCCGGUUCUCCAAUAGUUGGAUCCUAUUCAGCUUGGAAUGGACUACAUUGCUCCUCUGUUAAUCCACAAACCGGCUUUGUGGAUUCAGCGUCUUCUUUUAUUGGAAAAUGCUUUUCUUAUAAUGAAGGCAGUUGUAACAGAUCGCAUUCGGAGCACUCGAGAGUUCAAUCACCUCAUGUUUGGCAAAUGUCUGGAUCUCAACCGCUAAACAGAUUAUGGGAUGAUCAUUAUAAGGAGAAAUCAAAAGCUGUAGGUAAAAGAGUUCAUAUUUCACAAGUUGGGGAUAAUAUCAUUCCUGAGGGAAUGAAUCGCACAACCGAAGGACUUCGUAGAAUUAGAGGAACUCAUGGUUCCUUCGGUCAACAUUCCGAAUUUACUAGCCAAAGACCUUCAUGGCCAGCUCCACCAAUUCACAAUGGAAAUCAUAAUGCUUUCUCACAGUCAUUCAAAAGGCAAAGUCCACUGCCAAUGUUUUCCCAGUCUCAAAUGCGCGACAUGAGCCAUUGGAAUGGACAGCAUCAAAAUCCUUUGCGUACUGCAAGAGCUUCUUCACCAUAUGAUAUGAGUUCCGUUCAUCCAAUGGGUCAACAAUUGACUCGUAUGUCGCCAUAUCAUCACAGUGAUGCUGAAAAUGAGGAAGUUGAGAAUUUCUUUAAUCCAAUCAACAGUCGAAAUGGAAUGAAUUCGUCGAAUGGUUCCUACACACCAAUUGAAUUACAAGUUACAAAUCUCGAUCAAAAUAUUGAUCCCAAAGAUAUGAAACGCAUAUUAUCGUCUAUUUUUAUGGAACACGUUAUGGUGCUUCAUGUUUCUGUCUUUAUGCAAUCGGAUGGAAAUUUUGCAGCGAGCGUUAAAGUACCUUCGUUGCAUGAAGCACAAUACGCAAUUUCACAAUUACAUCGCCGUAAAAUAGGCUAUAAGCGAAUUCUUAUUUCUUAUUCACACACCGGUGGACCAAAUCCUCAACUAAUACGUUCUCAAAUCGUCAUGCUUUUACAGGAAGUUCCUGGACAUAAACUUCCUCUUUUUAAAUUUCGCGAAAUGUAUGAGAGUCGUUUUAUGAUUUCAAUUAGCGUUUCAGAAAUUUAUAAACUCAAGGACGUUUGCAUUAUCACUGAAGAUCCUGGAGGUCGAAUGGUGUCCUUACAUCCUGAUCAUAGAAGCACUCCAUCACCUUGCUUUGGAAGUUCUUCAUCAGAUGGACAGUUAUUGGAGUUUCCAUUCUGCACUCUACACACACAAAAACCGUGGUCCGAUAAGGGAUGGGCUGAACAGGAAUUAGCCUCAUUACCAAACGUUCAAAUAUCGCUGAAAAUUCUUUCUAUUCGAGUGAAUCAAAUGCUCUCGACGCACAAUGGUAGUUUACCUUUACCAAGCUUUCCCACUUGUUACAAGGCAGAAUUUAAAGAAUCAUUGCUUGUCGAUGAAAAUGGAGUUCCCUUAGAGCAUUUAAUAUCUUGUUUGUCAACCGUCGAAUUGAAACAAGGAGUCGGUAGUGUCAAGCAUUUAAUAUGGACAGGGAACAGAGCACACGAUGAAAGUCACGAAGAAAAUAAAUGCGUCAGCCCACCUUUAGCUAAUCAGUUGGCUCUAUUUAGUCGUGAAUUGGUUGAUCUUUUGAAAACUGCCCCACAUUGUCAAUUGUCAUUCAAUAAAUUCAUUCCAGCUUAUCAUCAUCAUUUCGGAAGACAAUGUCGAGUCGCUGAUUAUGGUUUUACCAAACUCAUUGAAUUAUUGGAAGCUCUUACACACACUAUUCAGGUCAUGGGAGAAGGAAAUAAGCGCGUUGUGACUCUUUCUCAUAGAGCUCAAGUUCGUCGUUUUACUUCUGAUUUGCUGCGUGUCCUAAAAGCUCAAGCUAGCAAACAAGUGACUCUUUCGGAAUUUCCUGGCGUUUACGCUAGAGUCUUAGGAAAACCUUGGGAUGUUGUGGACUAUGGAGUUUGCGAUAUUGAAGACAUUCUUGGAGAAGUUUCCGAAAAUACUGUCGUCGUCACGAAUUUUAAUGGUAACGAUCAAUUGAUAGCUAUUCCAAAACGUGAACAAACGCCGGAAGAAAUUGAACGAACAAAACAAUUCGCUGUCGAGGUUAUCGAACUUUUGCGUCAUGCACCUCAAUGUCGAAUGUUGUUCAAUAAGUUUGUGCCUUCGUAUCAUCAUCAUUUUGGUCAUCAAUGUCGUGUCUCUGAUUAUGGUUUCACAAAAUUAAUUGAACUUUUUGAAUCAAUACCCGACAUUGUUAAUAUCGAAGAUGUGAGUGGUGGCGAACGACGUAUUUCGUUGACGGAAAAAGAAAGUCUUCUAGUUCUCGAUGAGCAAAUAUCCAAAUUAAUAGCUCAUUCCAAUGGUAGUUUAAAUGUUUCAAAUGUUCCACAAGCUUUUCUUCAACUUUACGGCUAUGCACUUCGUCCCGAAUUAUUUAAUUGUAACUCCGUCUUACAACUUAUGGAAAAAAUUGAUAAUACAGUGCAGGUGAUUCAUACGGAAGCAGGAGCUGUUGUUAUUUCGCUGAAUAAAACGCAUUUACAACAAUUGGCAUUGCAAUGCCGUCGUGUAUUGAUUGAUCAACUAAAUUGUUCAAUGCCAGUGAAAAAGUUUCAAAUACUUUAUUCACAAUUUUAUCAUCGAUCUUGCGAUUUAGAAGAAAUCAAGAAAGAACUCAGCAGUGUUGUGCGAUUUGUCAAUGUGAAUGAUACUCAACAAAUUGAACUCACACCGAUACAAUGUUUCGCCUGUAAUGUUUAUCGUGUUUUAAUGAAUUACGGCGGUUCUUUGAGUAUAACACAAUUCGAAAGUGCUUACUUGAGUGUCAUUGGCUCUGCUUGUAGAGCUGCACAAUUUGGAUAUCCAACUCUAACGGCACUUCUUCAAUCGCUAUCUUGCACAGUGAUUUUAAAGGAAAAUCGUAACAAAAAGAAGAUUGUACAUCUCAAUAAAAAACUUGCUUCUGUAGGUUUUCCAAUACCAUCGACAUUUUCAACAUCGAAUCAAGAAUCAGAAUCGGGAAUUGAUUCAUUUGAAAUGGAUUCAUCGACACGUCUUAAUGUUUCAAAUGCAUCGAGUAAACCCGAGGAGCAAUCAUCAAAUUGGACUUGUGAGAGUGACAAUAAUUCAUGGAAACAAAAGAGUGAUAUUAUGAAUUGGCCAAAGAAAAAUACAUCUCCAUGGUCAGCAAUGUCAGCAAUGUCGUUAAAUGACAAUCAACAUCAACAAUGGCCAACUAUGCAAAAUCGUGGUGAUACUUUCUUAAAGAGUCUUAUGCGCACACCAGUUUUGAAUAAUGAAUUUCCACCACCUCCACCUGAGCCGGAAAAUAUUGAACUCCCGGAAGAUGAACAAGACAAGGAUAAAUCUUGGAAGUUUUCCAUUUGGUCAUCACCGCCAAAUUAUUCAUUCCGAAGAAAUCAACAGCUUACUGAUUUUGAGGUGCCUUCAAUACCAUUGUCAGCUUGGGAUGAAAUGUCAACAAAUGACGAGACUUCUGAUCUUCUAUCACCAACGAAAAAUUUACUAUCAGCUUCAGCAAAUCCUCUAAAUCCAUCGACAUCGACGUUUUAUUCAUCAAAUCAAAAUGUCAUUAUUGCCCCACAUCCCUCGGCACUACCACGUCCUUCUGUUUCACUUACAACAAAAAAAGAUGAUUCCGAUAAUAUGAGUCCCACUAGUUCAAUGAGUGGCGGUUUAUUUGAACACGAAACUGCAGACAGAGUUGAUACAACUCCAACUAAACGCUCGUUCUCUGGAAAACGUCGUUUGGCAGCACAAUUCGAUCAACCAAUUGAUUCUUGAAAGCAGUUCUCGGGCAACGAAUCUUUAACGAAAGACCAAAAAUAAAAAUUUAGAGGCCCAAUAAUUUACUAGUCUCCCAAUAUCAUCACGAAUUUUAUCGCGUAGAAAUAAAUUCAAAUUAUAAUAUUACGAUAUAGAUCGCGUUUGAAAACUGGAACAAAUACCUAUCAUAGAAUGUUGAAACAUUUAAAUAGGUAUUUUUUCGCUACAAUUGUAACAGGCCAGUUGAAAAAUUUCAAUCGAGUGAAAUUUCACGAUCUAAAUAUUAUAAUGCGAAAUAUCGAAUUUAUAUAAUUAUAUAAAAUGCUUAAAUGGCAUUAUUAUAUCCUUGUAAAUUCGAUGAUUCCAUAUUAAGAUUGUACAGCAAUGUCCAAACUGUGAUAACAAAUAUGGAGAGCAUAAUCAAUUAUCAAUUGUUUCAAAUGACAAUUUAAACAAAAAUAAUUCACGUUCAAUCUAAAUCAUUCAAUAAUUUUUAGAUUCGAACCGAUCAAAAAAUGUUUCAAAAAAAAAAAAAAUAAUAAUAUGUGAAGAUGAAAAAGUAAUGCAAAAAAAAAAUUUUUUAUGGUGUAUAGAAUUUGUUUUUUAGAAAAAUGAAUUUGAUCGAUUUAAUAUUAUCUAGAUCGGGUCCGAGAAGUCGCGCUCUUAUUGUUCGCAACUCAAGCAAUGAUUUGCAUACUUAAUAUAAGUAUUAUCAGUGUCGACUAAAAUAGGAAAAUCUCUUUUCUCUCUCACUCUCUCUAUCUCUCUCUUUUACAAAGCGUGAAGCUUGAUUUUCUUUAUUAAUUAUUUUUCAAUUUCAAAAAGAAAAACUUUAUGGCAAAAUUUUAAUCAUUAUAAAAGAAAGAUUGAGAUUGAACUUUUUUUCAAAUGAAAAAUCGAAAGAGGCAUAAAAAAAAUUUGUUUUUAUUCUUGGGAAACGUAUUUAAUGUUUAACGUUUAAGCUAAAAAGUGUGAUUGUGUUACAUAAAAUUUGCCAUAAAAUAAGGACCGUUUUUUAGUAACUCGAAAAAAAUUUUUUUUUUUGAGAAGUCCUGGGUUUUUAGCAGGAAAGACAAAGAAAAUUGCGUAUAAAUCACAUUUCUAUUUAGAUUUAUCGUUUUUUAAAUAUUCGAUUCUAAAUUCGUGCAGAUAUUUAAUAUAAAAAGAAAAAAAUAAUUUUUUUCUAUUUUUAUGCGUUAGAAAUUAGUUUUUUUUUCAUUAUAAAUAUAAUAUAUAUAUAGAUAGAUAUAAAUGUGCUCAAUGAUAACUGCACGACGAGAUGUAUGUCAACAAUCUCGAAUGAUCUCAAUGAUUUUAUUUGUACUUGUGAAUAAUUUUUUUUUUUUAGUAAAACGAAAGGCGUAUAUUUAAUGUUUCGAAUCGUGAAUGCGACAUUGUAAAUACAAAAAACUUGAUGAUCGUGUUUCAAAAUGGCUACAUUGCAUAUAAUUGUAUAUAAAAACAAAACAAAAAAAAAAAAAAAAAAAGAAAAA